GAACUCAUCAAGAAUGUCAUCCAUAUCUUCAGAUAUAGUGAUGCAAUAAAAAUGAUGGAAUUGCAACAGCUGUGUCGUAAAGGGAAAUCUAGCUCAGAGAGAUAGAGAGAGAGAGCGCCAUGCACCAAGCUUUAAACUCUGUGCACUCUCAAAGGACUUCUUUUCCGGUCCGAAAGGCAUUGGUGACGCCAUUUCUGCGAGGUUGCUUGAGUUAAGUCUCUAUGGCUGACACAGCAAAGGAAACUGGUCCCAAGGCCGCUGUGGAGAAAAAGUCGAAGGAGAAGAAAAGUAAAGUCUCUAAAGAUAAGUCUGUUGAGAAGACUCAAACAAAGAGGCCUACUAAACGCGCUGGAAGAUUGUAUGCAAGGGCUAUUUUCACCGGUUUUAAGCGAGGCUUGCGCAAUCAGCACGAAAACACAGCGCUUUUAACCAUCCCUGGCUGCGGUACAAAAAAAUCUAGUUGGUUUUACGUCGGGAAACGCUGUGUGUAUGUGUAUAAGCCUAAGCUUAACCAAGGAUUGACUUUAAGCAUGAGUGAGAAAAUGGAAAAAAUGUCUUACAAAAAGAGAACUGACAAGCCAUUAGAAGGCAGAAAAUAUGCGGUGAUUUCUCCACACUCAAUUGUUUCCCUUGCCGAAUCUUGUGGUAUUGUCAAGUUGAAUGAAGAAAUUGCAAGUAAAAUUGGAGAAGAUGUAACUUACAGAUUACGAGAAAUUAUUCAGGGGUGCAGUGUACACAUGCGGAACAGUAAUGAAAAAAUAUUAAGAAGUACUGUAGUUGCAAGAGUGUUACCAAACUGCAGUGAAAUGAAAGUGUAUGGUUACUUGUCUGGUGGUUCAUCUGAGUUUUUGUAUGUGUCAGAGGCAGAUGUAUUUGUUAGUGAAUAUAAUGAACUGAUUAUAAAUUUACCUCAAAUAGCUCUCGAGAGACAGAUCUUUCUGCAAAAGGGAGAACACUUGGUGCGAGGAAUGUGGAUUUCACCUGAUCCAGUUCAAAGUGCACGCAUUGAGAUCGAAGCGUCUACAUCUACUUCUGAUGCAGAGUCACCUGCAAGUAUUUCUGCAGUACCAUCUCAUCUUGUUAAUUAUUACACUAUGUUUGCAAAAAUAAUUUUGUGUAAAAACGGAGAAGUACUUAAUGCUGUGUUUCAAGAUCUUCGAACAAAUUCCAAAAUAACGUUGGUGGUUCCAUAUUUUUUGAAUCUAUUUAUUGAAGGUCUGCAAGCACUCCCCAGAGGUAGUGAUGCUUGUGAACGUUUACUAUUGAUGUUGCAUUCCCUCACGUUAAAUCCUUAUGUCUAUCGUGAUGCUGCUGUGGUUGUUAGUGGUUUGCUUACAUCAUUGCUUGUGUAUGCUCUUGAUCCAAUGCCCUUUAAACUUGUCUCUGUGUCUAGAGAUUGUGAACUUAGAGGAUUGGCAUCUGAAGCUGUGGCAAAAGUGAUUGUGAACUGGUAUGGAUGUGAUGAUUCGAUGCUAGAUAAUAUUUUGAAAAAGAUGCAAGUAAUACUUUUGGACACAAAUUGUUCAGUACGUAGUCAUCUGGGUGCUUUGUCUGUGUUGUGUUCUUUGGGUGUGAGAGCUUUAAACUGUUGCUUUUGGCCUCACAUAGAAAAAUACUUUGACUUCCUUGACAAACUCCCUGCUAAUAGCGAGACUUUAGAAGUUGAAGGAUGCUUAUUGAAAGCAGUAGGAUAUUUGUAUCUACAGAUGUUUGAAAACAUUAGAGAUCCUUCAGGUGAAAGAAACAUGUUGAUGUGGAGGGUAGCUCUAAGUGAUCAAGUAUUACGCUCUUAUUUUGGAGACAGAUUGUGUGCUCGGUGGCUAUAUCCUCUCAGUGGUACUUCGGUGACUGACUGUUAUUUGGAAAGCAAUAAUGGAGAAACUGGUUCUAAUGAUGCAAAAAUAGAAUCAGAGUUUUUUUCAGCAAAGAAAGAGUUUCUUAAUAGAUUUUAUUCUAUGGGGAAAAUGCCUUCAUCAAGGCCGUUAUCUUCCAAUGAAUCAGAUUUGUCACAGCACUCUACUGGACCAAAUUUGUGCCCAGAUGGUUCCCAGUUAAAUGAAAGUAGUGGAGUUGCAGUGCCUGAAAAUGAUUCUAAACCUGAAGAAAGUGCUUCCAAGAGUAAGGAUGAACAAGAUAACGUAAAGGAUGAACAAAAGGACAAUACUGAUGGUAAUAAAGAAGAGAAAAUAAAAGCUCUUGAAAGGAAAAUGGAGAAUUGGAAGCCUGGUGAUGCCAAGACAAAAGCUGCGCAUCCCGGGAAACCUCAAUUGAAAUCCAGAGUGCGUGCAAUUUGGGGUAAAGUGACUCGUCCUCAUGGCUGUUCUGGAUCUGUAAGAGCCAAGUUUAAAAGAAAUCUUCCUCCUGCAGCAAUGGGACACCGUGUCCGAAUUGUGAGUACAGACAGAAAUGUUAUAUCCAUCUCGAAUCUAAGUGCUCAAGAGUAUGAACCAUUUGAUUUGGGGUGUUUAUCAUGCCAUGAAGUUGUUAUUGUGAAAAAUGGGCAAAGAAUUUGUGGAAGUGGAGGUGCUCUAGCUAGUGCACCACUGGUUCAGAGUAAAUCAUAUUUUGAGGUCAAAAUUCAACAAUCAGGGAUAUGGGGUGUUGGUUUGGCCACACAGUCUGCAGAUCUAAAUGAUUCUCCAGGUGGUCAUGAUUCAGAAUCUUGGGUCCUAAGUUGGGAUGGAAUAUUUCGCCACAACAAAACAGAACUUCAGAAAAUCCAGGAGGUUGCCCAAGAAGGGGAUGUUUUGGGCAUAUCUUAUGAUCACAUAGAAUUGAAGUUCUACAUAAAUGGGAAGUCAAUUGAUAGUGGCAUUACUGGAGUGCGUGGUCAGGUGUAUCCUGCCUUGUAUGUUGGUGAUGGAGCUAUCUUAGACAUUAUCUUGGACAACUUCAAUCAUCCACCUCCUGCCGGUUUUGAUAAAAUCAUGCUAGAACAGUCUUUGCUCUAGCAGUCCCUGGUCAUUGAAAACCCACCAGUUCCAAGUUUAUAGUUGCUGGGUAUUUGUUUAUUGACUGUAAAUUGUGGUGCUUAUGCAUGAGAAAAAUGUGUAUUUCUAAUGCAAGUGAUGUCUUGAAUUUAUUGUGUUGAACUUUUAAGCCAUCUUUUGAUUUAGUAUCAUAAGCUCCAAAGCACUUAAAUGUUUUUGUUAUUGCCAUGAUCUCUAUUAAUAAGAGGGUUGACUGAUUCAUUAACCAAUCAAAUUUAUCUUUAAUUUGGUUCAGAAUUAGGGAAGCAGAUUACUAACAUUAGGUGUAAAUCUUGCAAAGUCUGUUGUGAAUGUGAGAAAACUUUCUCUCUCCAUAAAUUAACCUACACUAGCAUCUUAUUUAUCAAAAUCUAUCUACUAAUGGAUUUUGAAAUAUAUUUUUUCUAAUAAUGGAAGUUAAUAUCAGACUUCAGCUUUAAAAUAGUUGAAACAAGGUAAUAAAACAUAAGCUAAUUUGAUUCAGGUGUAUCUCUGCAACAUUGAAUUUCAGAAAUUGGGAUGAUGAAGUUUUAAUUUCAUGUGGGUUUCUGCAAAUGAUGAAAAAUUGCUUUAUAAUUGUUUGCUGUAUACACAGAACCAUAUUGCGAUUUUCCAGAAACAUAUUGGGUAUUUUAUUUAAUGUUUCGUUCAAUCAUCUUGAAAAAGUGGUUAAUUUUGUGGUUGCUAUUUAUAUUGUGAAAUUUGUAUGUUGUUCUGUACUUCAUACUCGUUUGGUCAUAUUCAAAUAACUUUUUUAUCGAAACUACUUACUGAUGCAAACAUUUGCGUCCAAAUGUAUGUUGUCGAUAUUUUUGUGACACUAUUCCAAGAUUGAAGUAAGAUAUAAAAGUAUACAUAUUGUACAACUAACUGAUCUACAGUGUUAGAUCUGUGUAAUGAACAAAUAAAGAUAAUAUAUGAAUGUUUUUCUGUAUUCUGAGAAUAAGUUAAGUCUGGAUAGAAUUUUGUGUGUGUUGCUUUUUGAAAUAAGUUAAUGAAAUGCUUCACAUACUUAGAGUGGGUUGUCGGUGAAAUGCAUAAUUAGUGUUUUCAAUUUUGCUGUUGUUAUGUCAGCCUGCUUUCUUUCUUAGAGCAGAGAUGUCAGUCAAACCCAGUUGUGUCAUUUUAGGGAGGUGCCAUAGCCACGUUUAGGUCCCUUGCACACAAGCGUUGUGUUGAUGCGUGAUAAGUAACGCAUGCCCUAGAAUAACACUGUAUCUUGUGCAAAGUGGCACGCUAGCUCAUUCGGCUUUCCACAAAAGAUACAGGUGUUAAUGUACGAUAUGCAUUACUUCAUGCAUCAACAUAACGCUCGAGUGAUGCAGGCCUUAAAUAAACAAACUCACAUGCCAAUCCUAUUAAAUAGGAGUUAACAAUCCUCACACUUAAUUAUCUUGACUAUUUCAUUUUAACUUUCUUGCAUACUCUUACGUGGGUAGUGUCGAAAUAGAAUUGGAAUGCUGCAGCAGAAACCUAGUAUUGUGGGUUCCUGCUUCUGAAAAACUUGAUAAUUCCAAUCUUUUCUACUUGUAAAUAACUUAUUCUAUGGUGUUUAAUUGAAAUCCAUUUUUGUGGAUCCUUGAUACUGAAAAAGCUAAUUUAAUUUCUUGUGGACACCUACCAGAUAUCUUUCUCAUGCCACACGCAUGACAUAUUCUCUUGGAAUUUUACGCUCGUUUGAAAAUACAUAAGCCUCAGCCAGGAUUGAUCACAUACAAUGGGGGUUCAGAGGUCAGCAAGCUAACCAUUUGCCCACCAAGGCACUUAGCAAUUUUCAAUUAUUUGUGUUGGUUAUGUGCAAGGAAGUUUUUUUCAUUUUCUAGAAACACACUAGUUCACUGACAUACUAUUCUAAAGUAAUUUGCAAGUUCAAUAAGAAAUGAGAAUUAUAUCUUUGAGCAACAAUUAUGCUGACGAGUAAAUUUUGGGGGAAAAUGAGAGGUGUACUUCUGAAUUCUCCUAAUCUUACUGUAGGUUUGUGUAUAGUAAGUUACAUUCCCUGAGGUUGCUGAGUAAUAGGUGCCUGUAUAUUAACAAACAAGGUGUAAAUUUAAUGAAGAUGUAAAACGUAACAAGAUAGGUAAAGUUGUCUGAUUACACUAUAUAUUACAGUUUUUGAAUAAAUGCUAUUUUCCGAUUUGAUUAUGUCCAGAAAGUUAGGGAAAACGUAAUUAUUCAUGUCAAACUUUGGUUUUAUGAGCAAGACAAGACAUUUGCAAAACGUUUUUUUAAAUUUAGGACAGUGGCCAAUUUGCCAUUUCUUUUAAUUUAUUAUAACUAGCAAAGAAAUAUUAUGUUGAAUGAAAUUAAAAUACAUGGACUAUACUAAAAAUAAACACCAGAAUAUGUUGAGAAGUGCAUCAUUUUUGAAGAUGGUACAGUACGUGUAUACUCUAGUUCGCUUUCACGUAUUAACCCCCAAAUAAAGUAAACCAAACUUCAGCAUGCUGUGACGGAAGCACCCUCUUGUUCCUCCAACUAAGCUUUCUUAUUCUCCUCCAGCGUACCUAGAUGAGCAUCAACCAUAUGGACCUUUUGUGACAUUCUGCUGCCUUUUGAACUGUAGUUCUUCACUGUUCUGGACUAGUUCACGCUUUUUGGCUUCCUGAAAUUCCUGAAAAAACUGGUUCAAGCAGCUUUUCCUUUCUCAUCAAGCAUGGGUUAAAUUUAUUGCAUUGGUGGAUAGUUUUGGUCCCACAAAAACACCUGCUUUGAUCUUUGCCUUGGACAAUUUAAAAAAGAAGGUUCCAUCUUUGAAAACUGCUGAAUUUUUAUCUAGGGUUCCUAUAAAUUUCUUCUUAAACCACGGCUUUAUGGGCAGUGGAGGCAUAAGCACCUUGCUUUGUAAUAGUAGGUCCCACUUAAUAUUGUGUCCCACAGAGAACUCAGUCUACAAAGGCCAAAGGAGCUUGUUGAAGUGUGCCUUGGUGUUAUCCUAUCCCAAAGACAAAGACAGAAAGGAAACUUGGUAAAACCACUUUGGAGACCUACCAUCUACCAUCUUCAAGUCUCUGAUAACCUUAAAUCCACACUCACUGUACUUCAUGCUUCUAGCAAAAUCUUGUUACAGCUAUAAUUUAUUUUGAGGUGCAUUGAGUGAGGCCAUAGAGAGGGAUACUUGUAUCUUAUGUAGUAACACAGCUUUAAGGCUGAGAGGUGCCACACAGGUGGAUUUAAGACAUUGCAAACUUCUUCAAACUGCUAAUUUUGUGGCAAAAAUGGUCCAUUUUGAGAGGGAAGGAACUUGAGAAAAUAUGCUUCCUCUGAGCUGUGAUUUUCACACUUUAAUCAAAAAGUGACAUUCCUUAAACCAUGAUAUGAAAGGCUCACCAUUUGACUUGGAUGGAGCAAGAUCUCUGACCAAAUCAUUUAUGUCAUUUUGGUUAGUAUAGUAUAGAUUCCUCUUCACUACAAAGUGAGGAUGUGCAAUAUUUGUGUCAUCUGACUGUCCACUCUCAUCUGAAUCAAAAAUUGCCUGUUUCCUAUCAGACAAAUUGAGCACAAGGAGGUCUGGACUAUUUGAUUCUGGGUUGAUAAGAUAAAGGAACAUCUGGAUACAUGAAACCAGAAGCAUUCUUGCCAGUUCUAGUUUUGAAGGGUCUACAGUACCCAAGUAACAACUGCUCCAAUAAUCAGUGGGCUUCCUAAAUUGUAUACUCUCCUUUGAUGUACCAAACUUCAUGCACCUUUUUUCCCUCCUGCAUCAUCCUACAGAAGAAGAGAAGAGAAUAUUAAGUUAAUUGUUAGUUUUGAAUUUGUGUUGAUUUCAACCCACAUUUUUGUGAACUAAAUGCAUCCUUACCUUUCAUUUCAAGUUCAUUUACAGUUUUCACAAUGCUAUCUUUGGGACAUACAUUAUCUCUACACUAAUUAAACUAAAUAUUAGUGAAUGUAGUAUUGAUAAUUAGUGUAAUAAUAUUGAAGUCAUUGAUUAAUAUCUAAUUAGCUCUUGUCUGUUUAUUCAAGCUAGAAAAUUAGUUCAAAUAAUCACAGGAUGACAAGAUAUGUGAAGAUAUGGUCUCCUGUGAAAUUAGUUUUGAAGAGUUGCAGAUGUCAAAGCAAUAUUUUAAUGUGCCUCUGUGAGAACUCUUUUAUGCGGAAACCUGCUGCUCUGUUUCCUCACAUAAGAAGGGGAAAAUGUUAGUGAAAUGGUUUUGGCAUAAUAUGCAACACUGAUAAGAUUUUAAUGUGAGAAACAUAACACCAUCAUAAGUCACGGGAUUGCAUUUGCACCUGCAUAAUUUACAUGUAUGUUUUCAAGAAAUAUUGAUAUUAUAAAUUAGGUGCAAUUUGCCUUCCUCAGAAAUUCUCUCUUUUGAAACCUUAUGAACCUCUCCUUACUGAAACCCAUUAUGAAUAAGUCUUAGUUUUGCUUUUACUUGUCUUUAUCCAUGGCAAGUGGUUUGGUUUGCAAAAUGACAAGAAUGACUCUACUUCAGUUAUAUCACAGACUAUCUAGAAAGAAAAAUGACAUCUGAAGUAUUUUACUUAAUAAAUUGUUGAAAUAAAUCAUAAAAAUAGUUUUAAAAUGCAUUAGUAUGCUGGCAUAUAAAAGACAUGCAAAUUUAAGUUUUAUGAAAACUUUAUUAAAUUAAUGGACAUAAAAAUACUACCAUUGAUGAAAUAGAGCAAAAACAAAUUGUCUGGUAGGGUCAUAUUAUGUGCAUGACAGACAAAAGAUGGUCAAAACUAGUCCUGCAAUGGAUGCCAGCAGAAAAUGCAGGAGAGGAAGAUGCAGGAAUGCGUGGCAACAGGGAGUGCAAGAGGCUAUAACAGCAAAAGAAAUGCAAGAUAAUGUAUGGAAAAAUGGAGACAUAAGGUAUGGAGGCUGAGAGCGGUUAAGAGGCACAGCUUUUUGGUCGAUGCCAUUUCAGAGUUAAAUUUUAUUCCGUGAGUUACCAGUGUUGCACAUUGUGCACUUGACGUAUUCAAAUGAAUUAAAUGUUCAGUGAGUUUGUGAGGAAAUGUCCAAAGAUUAAACAUGUUUUUGGGAAAAUAGUAUAUGAAAUUACUGCACAUUUCAUAUUAUCUUCAAUAACAAAAUAACUAUUCAAAUGCCUUUUUCUAUCUCCUAUGGAAAGCCACUAUGUAACUUUCCUUCUUAUGCAACCUCUGGACUAGAUCAGAUUGUAGCAUGUAACCAAAGUCUCCAAUCACAUUUACAUUCCAAUGAUCCUGAUAUCCCUUUUCCAUCUCUUUUACACAUCGUAGCGGAAACAUUCUCCACCAUGAUGUACAAAGAAGAUAAAAAAAGGAUCUUCAAGCUUAAACAAAGUCAAAAUAUUUGAUGUUCUACUACAUCUUUGGCAAUGAUUAAAUUAUCAGAUCUUACUUGUUUCCUAAAUGAUUCUUAACUACAUUUUUUAGUGAAACUCAAGUUGGUUUUAUCGUUUUUUCUCUGCUUCUGAUAAAUGUGGAAACUUAAAAGAGUUUUGAUAUAUCUGUUUUUUGGCAGAACUUACUGUUUUAGGAAUCGUUUGAUAUUAGAAAGUAGAAGCCCUUUUUCAAGAUCCCAUAUUUAUGUAUUAUAUGUUCAAGGUUCAAAAGUAGUUUUGUGGCUAUUGUGAUUGUGUGUAAGGUUGUAAUUUAGCAUUACUGCCUCAUGAAUACUUCAUAAUCUUUGUUUUGUUGAGAAGUACACCUGAAGUGUUAAAUACACAGAACUGUCUCUUACAAAACCGUUUCAUUCGAACAGGUCUAGUUUUAUUUUCAAUUUCAUCACACUGAAGUACUAAAAAAACACAUGAAACUUUCAAAAACUGUGUUUUAUCGUCUCUCACCCAAAUACAUUGCAGAAAAAGUUGUCACACUCAAAGAGGACCAACUCAUUCAGUUUCUGGAAUUUCAACUCUAUGCAUGGAAUAUGUUAUCUCCUGGGAUGUAAUGAGGAAACUCUUCUUGGGAUGGCUAAAAAAAAAUCACUUAAGCCCAGCUGUUUAUGCUCACAGAUCAAAACAUUGACUUCAGAAAACUGCCUGUGAUGCAGUACUGCCCUCAAUUUGCAAAAACAUGGGAUCUGAUCUCUUUGACAACCAACUCAGAAGCAGGCACACUUUUAUGCUCAUUUUUAAGCAAUAUAUAUUCCUUUCUUUCUUAAGUUAUAGUACUAUAGUAUCUUAUUGAAGCCACAGUAACUGGGCCGAAAAUGUUGAGGAAGAAAAUAACUUUAGGGGUAGUCCAUAUAUCAUGUAUUGUCAAAGAGGGGGUUUGAGGCUGCGUUGUGCUGCAUUACAUAGAAGUAGGGGGGAUUUAGCUAUGUUACAUAAUGGUUAUAAUUUUUCAACUUUUGCGGAAAUUCCAUUUAGUCAGUCACGUACUAAAACAUUAAGAUGUCAAAAAAGUUAAAUUAAUAUAAAUAAAUGUAAGAAAUUAUUGUUAUAAUAAAUAGACAUUUUUGUAUGAAUGAUGUAUUAAUAGAAUCUGGUAGAUUAUGAAGAAAAGAUGCAUAACUGAUCUGUAGUAUAUUCUAGAAUCCGAUUAAAUUGGCACAAAUAAUCUUCUGCCUAUGCAUAAUGC